AGAGAGAGAGACACUGCCUAUUGCUACACUCCUUUCCCACACUCAGAUCAUAGCAUAGAUACAGAGUCCAGGGAGAAAUGCAAUUUUAAUUAAGGGAUAAAAUCAGGGUCUGUGUGUUUAGGGUGGGUGGGUUUAAAGUGCUGGGAGUUCAAAGUUCACAGUUCAGUUACCCACCCCUCCCCAAAAAAAGUGCAGUAGUUUUUUAAAUGCAAGAUGGCGACGAAGCAGUAAGAGGAGGAGGUACUGACACAGGCUGAGUGGGAGAGAGGCAGAGAGGAGCACUUCAAGAUACCCAGUUCUGCAUUCUGAUUUUCAACUCUUCCCCAGAUCAGGAUGCACAGUAAUAGAGAUCCAAAGCAGCGUCAAUAAACCACAUACUUUUGAAAAGGUGCUGUGCCUCUGAAAGGGGUUAGAACACCUGCAGUAGUGAACACUAACUGUGGGAAUUGAACAAGCUGCAGAUCAAGGUCACAGUUUGUAGUCAUUGUUCAGGAGAGUCCUGGAGCAUAGAUGACUGGAAGUAAUGUCUGUUUAUAUGGAUGGACAGAACUGAGUGAGACAGCUUGCAUAGCAUUGUCUUCUUUCUUUUAUUGUAAGAGGAAAAUGAGCUUUUCUGCUUUUUCGACUCCCAGUUGGUUUCUCAACUUUGAAUCACCUAGUCAUUGAACUGAACUACUUGAAUAAACUGAAAUGAAGAAAUAUUCGCUCUGCACCUGCAGAAGAGGCUACUCCUGUCAAAAGCUGGUUUUGCACUUCGAACACCAGUCACAAGUGCUUAGCCAGUGACUUCCACCAGUACAGUGGUUUGACUUCAAAAUUUCACCAGCAAACAGGCGCUAAGAGCAGGAUUCUCUUGUUCUCCUACAAGAGUUGGUCAUGUGAACAACAGCUACUCUGUUUUAGAAAAAGGAUGCAGCCCCCUAUAUUGCCUGAAUGUUAAUGAUGUCAUCAACUCUUUCAUGAAAACAUGGAAUCCUGAACUCAGGUGGUGGAAAUGGACUUUAAGAAGCUGUGACUCAACAUUUCAUCCUUGAACUACGAUGGUUUUUUUAAUUUGAUUGCACUACAAAAAAGCUGCUAAUGGGAUAAAUGCUGAAAAGUUUCAAGAAUUGACUUGAAGUACCAAAAGCCAUUAUUGAAAAUCAAGAAGAGCUUGAACCUACAUCAGUAUCAUUCAGUCAAUAUUAUUUCCUCACAACAACAGAAUGGCAAGUAAACGAAAAUCAACUACCCCGUGCAUGGUCCUAGCAAGUGAGCAGGAUCCAGACUUAGAAAUGAUAUCAGAUUUGGAUGAAGGACCUCCUCUACUUACACCGGCAGAGAAUGCUACAGCUGAGAGUAUAUCAAGUGAUGAAGACAUUCAAGAAUAUAUGGAUUCAGACAAUCAGCAAAAUAAAAAAGUUGAAGGUGGCUAUGAAUGUAAAUACUGUACAUUUCAGACACCAGAUCUAAAUAUGUUUACUUUUCAUGUUGAUUCAGAACACCCUAAUGUAGUAUUAAAUUCAUCCUAUGUCUGCGUGGAAUGCAAUUUUCUUACCAAAAGGUAUGAUGCUCUUUCAGAGCACAAUCUGAAGUACCACCCCGGAGAAGAGAAUUUUAAACUGACCAUGGUGAAACGUAAUAAUCAGACAAUCUUUGAGCAAACAGUGAACGAUCUCACUUUUGAUGGGAGUUUUGUGAAAGAGGAGAAUGCUGAGCAAUCCAACACCUCAGAGAUCCCCUCAUCAGGAAUCUCAAUUAGCAAGACCCCUAUUAUGAAAAUGAAAAACAAAACCGAGACUAAACGAAUUGCUGUUUUCCACAAUGUAGCUGAAGACAUUCCUGGUGAAGAAAAGGAAACUGAAAAUGAGCCAGACUGUGAGGAAGUAGUCGAAAACCCACAAUCAGCAGUUUCCGAGUCCAAAAUGAACAAUCCAGCUGCUUGCAAUGCAGCAGAUACAACUAGCACCGUAAUGACUCCAGCGCCAGUGAUUCAACCUGGGGUGGCACAGGUAAUAACUACUGUCACAGCUCCACAGAACUCUAACUUGAUUCCAAAAGUCUUAAUACCUGUAAAUAGCAUUCCAACCUACAACACUUCUUUGGAUAACAAUCCUCUUCUGCUCAACACCUAUAACAAAUUUCCCUAUCCAACCAUGUCAGAAAUCACCGUUCUCUCUGCUCAAGCUAAAUAUACUGAGGAACAGAUUAAAAUAUGGUUUUCUGCCCAACGUCUGAAGCAUGGUGUGAGCUGGACGCCAGAGGAAGUGGAAGAAGCAAGGAGGAAGCAAUUUAAUGGCACUGUGCAUACUGUACCACAGACAAUUACGGUUAUUCCAGCGCACAUUUCAGCAGCUGGCAAUGGCUUGCCAUCCAUCUUGCAAACAUGCCAAAUAGUUGGUCAGCCAGGUCUUGUCCUCACUCAAGUCGCAGGUACAAACACUUUGCCAGUAACAGCCCCUAUAGCUCUGACAGUAGCAGGAGUCCCAAAUCAGACACAGUUACAGAAGAGCCAGAUCCAUGCCGCCCAGCCUGUGGCAGAAACCAAGCAAGUAGCUGCUAUUCCAGCCCCUCAGCUUAUCAAACACGAAACCACAUUAGUAAAUCCGGAUUCAUUCGGCAUCCGUGCAAAGAAGACGAAAGAACAGCUGGCAGAAUUAAAAGUCAGCUACCUUAAAAAUCAGUUCCCUAAUGAUUCAGAGAUUAUUAGGCUAAUGAAAAUAACGGGCCUGACCAAAGGAGAAAUCAAAAAGUGGUUCAGUGAUACACGAUACAACCAGAGAAACUCAAAAAAUAAUCAUGGCAUUCAUCUCAACAACGAUUCUUCCACCACCAUUAUUAUUGAUUCAAGUGAUGAAACAAAUGAGUCCCCAACAGUAGUCACGCCACAGCAUAAGCAAUCGUGGAAUGCUUUCCCUGAUUUCACCCCACAGAAAUUCAAAGAAAAGACUGCUGAACAGUUGCACAACCUCCAAGCAAGUUUUCUCAGUAACCCUGUCCUGACAGACGAAGAGCUGAAUAGGUUAAGGGCACAGACUAAACUGACCAGAAGAGAGAUCAAUGCCUGGUUUACAGAGAGAAAGAAAACAAAUGCUUUAAAGGAAGAAGAAGCUAAGUUAAAAGAGAGCAAUGCAAGUAGCUCAAAAGAUGAGGCUGGAGAAACUUCUCAAGGAGAGGGAUCUGUAUGGCUAAGAUCAGGGGGUUCUGCAAGCAAGGUGGGUAAAAAGUCACCAGAGCAGUUACAUAUGCUUAAAAGUUCAUUUGUCCGUACUCAGUGGCCAUCCCCACAAGAAUACGACAAACUGGCAGAAGAAACUGGCCUUCCAAGAUCAGACAUUGUUAGCUGGUUUGGAGAUACUCGCUAUGCCUGGAAAAAUGGUGGUUUGAAAUGGUACUAUUACUACCAGGGUUCCAGUGGGAAUUGUAUGAAUGGUCAAGCCUUUGUCAGAAGGAGGGGGAGAGGGAGACCGAAAGGAAGGGGAAGAGGAAGGCCUCGUGGGCGGCCUCGGGGAAGCAAAAGGAUAAACAACUGGGACAGAGGAUCCUCCAUCAUCAAAUUCAAAACUGGAACAGCAAUCCUUAAGGAUUAUUAUAUGAAGCAUAAAUUCCUCAACGAGCAAGACCUUGAUGAACUUGUAGCCAGAUCUCACAUGGGAUAUGAGCAGGUCAGAGAGUGGUUUGCAGAAAGGCAAAGAAGAUCAGAGCUAGGCUUAGAGCUGUUUGAGGAGAAUGAGGAUGAAGAAGAAAUGCUGGAUGAUCAGGAAGAGGAGGAAGAAACGGAUGAUAGUGACACUUGGGAACCCCCUCGACAUGUUAAGCGUAAACUCUCGAAAUCAGAUUGACAUCUGCCCAAAGUGGUGAAGGGGAAGCAAGAUAUCUGGUUUACUGUGAAUGGGCCUAAUCUUUCGUGAAACCAAGAAAAUUUUGAGACACACACAGGAUUGAAUACUCAAAAGGAUUGGAACUUAGUGUUGUGCCAAAGUUAAACUACUGCAGCUGGUAGAAGUUCUGCACUGUAAAUAGAAGACUGAUUAAAAGACUACUUGUAAAACAGAUUUUAAUACAGAACAUUUUUAUUCUGAUACAUGAUGGAAACUUUCUGUUUUAGACCUUUUUUGAAGGGGCUUCAGUGAACCACUAGAUUUUGUCCUCUAUUUUGUCCAGCUUAAUACUGUACAUUCUAGUAAGAUGGGCUUUAUUGCCUGUGUUCUUUGAUAUGUGAUUAAGCUUAUAGCUUUGAGUGACCAAACAUUUUACAGAGUAAAAGUUCUUAGAAAAAGUAAAUGUAACUGAUAUUUGUGUCUUAUUUAUCAGGCUCUGCACAAACUUUGAAAGUUGUGCAUGCACUUGUACAACUUACACAUACAGUUGGGAAUGCAUGGGAUUCUUCUCAAUAUUACAAAACUAAGCCUUUGUGGCGUUAUGGAUCAUUAUGGAUCUUGUCUCUGGAUUUUUUUUUUUUUGAGAUGAAGAUAUGAAUGAGUGCCACUGUUAAAUAUUUGUAAUAUUUCCAUUCCUUUCAAUAGAGGCCUAUUUUGCUUUAACACCUGAAGAAAAUAAUGAGACAGAAAAUAAAAAGAAGCUGUCACAAGAAUGAAUACUGAGGGAACCACUGAAAAUAAACUUUGUACCAAAAAUUUGAAAAAAGAAAUAAUGUAAUAUGUCCUUACUGAGUGAGUGUGUGUGGUGUGUGUAUGUGUUUGUAAGGAUUAUGCAGAAACUAGGAACUGUCUUUGUUCAAAUAUGUAGCAGUCCAGAGUUUUUCUAGCAUCAUUCUCUCUGUUCGUUGUUAACUACGUUGCCAUGUCAGGAGGCCUGAACAUUCAUGUAAACUCUUUCUGUUAAGGCAGAUGCUCUUCAUUAAUACUUUUAAAAUUUUGGGAGGAUAUUUUAAAAGAUGACAAAGGGGAUUAGGCACCCAAUUCCUCCUGAAAGUCAUUGGGAGCUAAGCACCUAAAUCCCUUUUGUGUCUUUUGAAAAAUCUCCCCAUUUGGGGCUACAGGACAAUUUUUUAAAUGUGCUUUUUCUUCAGAGAAAUUUUUUUGAAAUGAGCAUGUUCCAUUUAAAGCCCGGCUCAUGUACAAAUAACUACAGAAAAAAUCCUGCUUGCUUUCAUUCACACAAACUCCCAGUUGGAGCCAGUAUGUGAGCUUUACCUGAAUAAGACUAAGGGCUUGUCUACAUGCACAAGUUGUAAUACUUUGACUAUACUAGUAUACUUAAAGCAGAACAACUCCCUAGCAUUGAUACACUGAUAUCUAUAUAAGGAUGGUUUACACUAAUACGUAUAGCUAUUCCCAUACAGGAAGAGGAAUAAGAUAUACCGGUGUAAAAUCAACACAAUUAUUGAUAGUUAUACCAGUCCAAAAACUAUAGACAGGCCCAAGAGUUAAUAGCUCCCUGUUUGUGCAACUCAUAAAAUGAUGCAUCGUAAAAAAUGUUUUUUUACUGAAGCAUUUGUCAACUAACAAAAGAGAUACAGAGGAGCCUUGAAUAUGCAUGCUGCUUUCAUUUUUAUAAAUGGUUACCUUUUUUAACUACAGCUUUAUUAGUAAUUCCAAAAUACUGCCAUUUAGUUGAUAUUUUCAUAACAGACCAGCUGGCUUUGUGAGUUGGUGUCUUUUUUUUUUUAUUUCUUUUUCAUACUGCUGUCAACUACUAUUUUUUAAUAAUGUAAAAUAUGCAGAAAUCUUGUGCACUGCUUUAUUUUUCUUUUUUACUCCAUAGAGCACUCAAAGUGUAAUGUUAAAUUUGCUGUUGGGUUUUUUGGUUUUGUUUUUUUUUUUUUUUUCCAGCAUUGCUGAUUGUGGUCUUUGAUCUAUUCGACAGUAGUUUCUUAACAUUUUCAGCUGUUGAACAGAUUUGUUGUGCUUCAGGUAUUGUAAAAUGAAGCCUUUGAAUAUAUUUAUAUUAUCUGUUUCCACUGCAAUAAUGUUUAACCAUCUAUAGUUGUAAAUAAUUCUUACCAGUGUUUGUUUCCUUACAGGCGCAAUGCUUAAUGCUGAUCUGAUGUUUGCUAGCUUAAAAUAUUUAUUUGACAGAGAAGGAGGAAAAAAAAAUCUGUCUACCCAGUUGAUUUGUGUCUUUGAGUGCAUAAUAAAGGUCAGCAUUCAGUAGUAA